AUGCUGCUCCUUGCUGAAGUGGUAUUAAUUGCCAUUUUUACAAGAGCUCAAAGACCCAUUUGUGUGUCGUAUGGAACAGAAGAACUGCCUCAGUUUUCAAAAGAAGGAGACAUCACAAUAGGAGCAAUUUUUUCAUUUCAUAAAAGCCCUAUUAUUACAACACCAACAUUUAAAAUCAAACCAGGACAAGUUAUAUGUGAUGGAUUAGCUCCCGCAGACUUGCAGUAUGCUCAGACUCUGAUUUUUACCAUUGAAGAAAUAAAUAACAGUACAGACCUUCUUCCUGAUGUUUCCCUGGGCUAUAAGAUAUACGAUUCCUGUAGCUCAUUGAGUAAGGUUGUACAAGCGUCACUGGAAUUAAUGAAUGGACAUGAGAAAGGAUUUUUAUCUAACCAGUCCUGCACCAAGAGUCCUAACGUUCAAGCAAUUGUAGGACACUCUGGUUCCCAAUCUACAAUAAUCAUUUCAAGAAUGGUUGGACCUUUUCAUAUCCCAGUGAUCAGUCACUUUGCUACCUGUGCCUGUCUCAGUAACAGAAAGGAGUUCCCCAGUUUCUUCAGGACAAUUCCCAGUGAUUAUUACCAAAGCAGAGCCCUGGCAAAGCUUGUGAAGCACUUUGGAUGGACCUGGGUUGGGGCCAUUAGAAGUAACAAUGAUUAUGGCAACAAUGGGAUGGCUACCUUUGUACAAGCUGCUCAGCAAGAGGGGAUCUGUAUUGAAUAUUCAGAAACCAUUUACAGAACUGAUCCGAGGGAGAAGUUUCUGAAAGUUGUAGAAAUUAUUAAGAAAUCUUCUUCAAAAGUAAUUGUUGCCUUUGCAACACAUACAGAUUUGAGAGUUUUAGUAAAAGAGCUGUUCAUUCAGAACAUCUCAGGCUUUCAAUGGGUGGGCAGUGCCUGGAUUACAAAUAGUUUCCUUGCACUACAAGAAGGUUACACAGUCCUGGGUGGAGCAAUUGGCUUUGCAAUUCCAAACACAGAGAUACCAGGAUUGAAAGAAUUUAUUCUAAACACUCGUCCAUCAAACACACCUGGAAACACUGGCUUAAAUGAAUACUGGGAGAAAGUCUUCAGUUGUAGUCUGACAUCCAAAAAAGGGACAAAUGUGAAGCAAUGCACAGGAAAUGAGACUUUGAAAGGAAUAAAUGAUCAAUACACUGACGUGUCCGAAGUGAGGAUAUUAAAUAAUGUGUAUAAAGCAGUGUAUGCUGUAGCUCAUGCACUGCACAAUCUCUUUACUUGUCAAGAUGGAGACGGACCCUUUAAUGAUAAACAAUGUGCAAAUAAAAAGAAUAUUCAGCCUUGGCAGGUGUUACAUUACAUCAACAAAGUUAACUUCACCACCAAGAACGGAGAAAUUAUCUACUUUGAUAAGAAUGGGGACCCUGUAGCACGAUAUUCAUUAGUAAACUGGCAGCUGAACAAGGGACGAAUUGCAACCUUCCAAGUUGUUGGUAUAUAUGACGCUUCUUUACCAGAAGGACAUCAGUUUGUAACGAAUGGUGUCAGUGCUGUGUGGGCAGGUGAUCAGGUUACGGUUCCAAAAUCGGUCUGCAGUGAGAGCUGCCUUCCAGGGACUCGUAAGGCCAUUGAGAAAGGGAAGCCAGUCUGCUGCUUUGUCUGCAUCCCCUGUGCAGAGGGAGAGUUCAGCAACACUACAGAUGCAGUGGACUGUUCUAGGUGUCCUUUCGAAUUCAGAUCAAAUGAACAACGAAAUCAGUGCAUCUUAAAAAACAUUGAGUUUUUAUCUUUUGGAGAAUUAAUGGGGAUACUUUUAGUAGCAUUUUCAUUGCUUGGAACUUUCUUAACCACAGCAAUAGCUUUAAUCUUUUUCCAGUACAGAUCCACUCCCAUUGUUAGAGCCAAUAACUCUGAACUGAGUUUCCUUCUGCUCUUUUCAUUGACACUGUGUUUCCUCUGUUCACUUACUUUCAUUGGCCAGCCCUCUGACUGGUCCUGUAUGUUGCGCCACACAGCAUUUGGGAUCACAUUUGUCCUGUGCAUCUCUUGUGUUCUGGGGAAAACAAUAGUGGUGUUAAUGGCCUUUAGGGCUACACUGCCAGGCAAUAACAUUAUGAAAUGGUUUGGGCCCAAACAGCAGCGCUUAAGUGUUCUUGCUUUCACACUCAUACAGGUCUUGAUUUGUGUUCUUUGGUUGACAAUUUCACCUCCUUUUCCGAACAAGAAUAUGAACUACUACAGAGAAAAAAUUAUUUUAGAGUGUGAUUUAGGAUCAACAGCUGGAUUUUGUGCUGUGUUGGGGUAUAUAGGAUUUCUCUCUGCUUUGUGCUUUGUGCUCGCUUUCCUGGCUCGGAAGCUGCCUGAUAACUUCAAUGAAGCCAAAUUCAUUACAUUCAGCAUGCUCAUAUUCUGUGCUGUCUGGAUCACCUUUAUCCCAGCUUAUAUCAGCUCUCCUGGGAAAUUUACAGUAGCUGUGGAAAUAUUUGCAAUUUUGGCUUCUAGUUAUGGGUUGCUCUUCUGUAUUUUCAUACCAAAAUGUUACAUUAUUUUAUUAAAGCCAGAGCAAAAUACAAAAAAACAUUUGAUGAGUAAAAUGCCCUCAAAAUCACUUUAA